ACGAAUACCAACACAAACAAACCAAGAAAUAAUUCCAAAUUAUGCAACACAUGUGGUGGUGCAGGACACAUUGCGAAAUAUUGCAACUGUGCUCGGGGUACAUCAGAUCCAGAUUCGCGAUGUCAAUUAUGUCGCCAGUUUGGCCAUGACGCCUGUCAGUGUGCAACCAGAUAUCCAUAUGACGGAUCCAGCAGAAACCAGGAACUGGGAAACUUCAUACGCCUGAGGGAAGGAGACCGCGAUCGCUCAGGAGGUCAUUUGGUAAAACGCGGCAACGCAGUAAAUCACCAAUAAAACGAUACAAUCAUUCGCGAGAUUUGAAACAUGAACAUGGUGAAAUGUGUGAUUCUUGUGAUUUGGAUUACUUGACUAAUUCUAAUCCACAUAAUGAUAAUAACUUCCUUUAUUUACAAGUUCUGUUUCAUCACAGGGAAAUAUCAGCAUUAUUGGAUACAGGAAGUUCCAUAAACUUGAUGUCACGGAAAUUGUUUGAAUCCUUACCAGUGCACAAUAAAAGCAGUUUGACACCGGUGGAUAGUAGUAACAUUGUGCUAGCAAAUAACCAGUCAGUUAAUAUUGAUGGAAUAUCUUCCAUAUCAUGUUUCGUUCAAGGACACCGAAAGGAAUUUGAUGUUUAUGUGCUCAAAGACACUUCUCACCCAUUGAUUCUAGGGACACAUUUUAUAAAAUCAAACAAAUUGAUUUUAGAUUUUAGUGAUGGUUAUCAUUUUUCUGAUUCAAAAAUUUAUGCUCAGAAACGUAUUUAUUUACCUCCAAAUUCAGAAUCUAUUGUUUAUGGUAAAUUACCAAAACGCUUUACUGAGGGUUCAAAUGGUCUUUGUUCUAAUGUAAAAUAUGUAAAUAGGAAGAAAUUAUUAGUUACCCGCUCAGUGGUUACUAUACCACAGAAUUGUAUGGUACCUGUGAAAAUUCUUAACCCCACUGAUAAAACUGUUGUUAUUCACAGAAAUAAGCCAUUAGGGUAUUUUCAGGUCAUUGAUGAUAAGACAAGUAUACAGGGCUGUCCGACAGACAAUUCAUUUGUUACACCUCAUUAUUGUAACCAUGUUCAGGUGAAUUCAGGUCAGGGUAUGGGUCAAAACAAGGGUGAUAGUUGUAAUUUGGAAACAGAAAAGAAAACCAGAUUUAUGACUUAUUUUCAAUUUGACAAAGGUUCUCUCUCUGACGAUGAAAAGUUUAAACUUGAAAACUGUUUAUUUGAAAACAAAGAUAUAUUUGUUACUGACGAAAAUCCAUCAUUAGGACUGACCAAUCUUGUUGAACAUCACAUUCAUUUAAGGCCUGAUUCAAAGUCUAAACAUCAAAAACCAUAA